AUGAUAAGUGUUUUAAAUACAAUCGAUACAGGCCAUGAGGAUAUGAUACACGAUGCAGAGCUAGACUAUUAUGGUCUCCGGCUCGCGACCUGUUCAUCGGAUAACUCCGUAAAAAUUUACGAUAUCAAAAGCGGAACUCAAACACUCGCAGCCGAUCUAAAAGGACACUUUGGACCAGUAUGGCAGGUUGCUUGGGCUCAUCCUAAAUAUGGGAAUCUAUUGGCAUCAUGUUCAUACGACAGAAAAGUAAUAAUAUGGAAGGAAGCAGGGGAGUGGACUAAACUUUAUGAAUACACUGGCCACGAGAGUUCUGUCAAUUCUGUUGCAUGGGCGCCGGCUGAAUACGGACUUGUAUUAGCAUGUUGUAGUUCAGACGGUUCCAUAUCCAUAAUAUCUUAUAACCAAGAUGCUGCUAACUGGGAUGUUAAGAAGAUAUCUGGAGCUCAUGCUAUUGGAGUCAAUUCUAUUAGUUGGUGUCCAGCUAUUUCGGCAGAUCUAAGUUUAGAUCCACUUACUAACAAAGAGGCCUCAAAGAGAUUAGUGUCUGGAGGAUGUGAUAAUUUAAUAAAGAUAUGGAAGGAACAAGGAGAUCAGUGGGUAGAAGAAAACCGUUUAGAAAUGCACAUGGAUUGGGUCAGAGAUGUUGCUUGGGCACCUUCUUUGGGACUACAGAAAUCGUUGAUUGCUAGUUGUUCUCAAGACAAGCGGGUAGUUAUUUGGACUAGUGAUGAUAAUGUGUCCUGGACACCGACUAUACUAAAUACUUUUGAUGAUGUUGUAUGGAGUGUCAGCUGGUCUCUAACAGGUAACAUACUAGCAAUUUCUGGAGGAGAUAACAAAGUAAGUUUAUGGAGAGAAAGUGCAGAUGGCCAGUGGCAAUGCAUCAGUGAAGUAUCUAAGGGACUAGGGCAGACAUCUAAUGAUGAAAGGAGCACACUAUGA